AUGUUCUAUCUCUUCAUGGUCAUCUUCAACGCGACAUUUAUGUUCUUAGUCCUUCAGUGGCUGCCCAAUUGGGAUGCCGCCUCGUACGUAGCUGUUUGUGUGAAGUCGGCAGCUUGGCUUGCGAGCCACGUUCUGAAAUGGGCCACAUCUUUGGCGAUGAUCGUGGCGUUCUGCUUUGUGGUGGCAUUCAAGGAAAGGAUUGCCUUGAUGCUGGGCUUGGACCACAAGCAGAUCUUCAACUGCAAGAUGCGGGACUGCCUCAGCUGCUUCUCCACAGCUCGCUUCACACCCAUUGAGUUGCUGAUUUGGAAAGUGGAAGAUCUUCCAUCAGCAGACAUUUUCCAUGCCAACAACGUCUUCAUAGAAGCUUACCUCGGCUACAAUGAGACCAUGCGCACCAGGGUUCACAACAAUGCCGGCAGUGACUGUUUCCUCAAGGAGUCCAUUCAGCUCAACUUUGACCAGGACGACGAUGAGGAAAAACUCUUCCUUUUUGUCCAGAAUCAGAAGGUCGUGGGAGCUCAAGAAUUGGCUCGAGUUGAAAUCAGUUCCGAUGACGUUAAGAAGAUCCUCAAGGACGGCCACGAUAAGGGAGCUAGCAGCUCAAAGUGGAGCAAAGAAUUCUUUCCGUACAGCUUUCCGCUGAUUCCUCGUGGACAGGUGUGGGUGACAGCAGUCCCAGUGGUAGAGGAGCAUCAUGGCUAUGCAGAGCUGGCGAGGUGUUGA